UACGUUUAUGUCCUCUUGUGUUUGGAAUGCAUGCCUAUGAAAGACACCUGGCAUUAGAGAACAAGGAUGACCCGGGCUUUGUACGAUACAUAUUCAGAUUUCUUCAGUAGGCUGAUGUAUAACGUGAUCCGUUGUGUUCCGAUCAAAAAAUACUGUCUCCGUGGAACCUUCCUACUUCAUGUAAAUUCUUGCUAACAUGGCCGUCCUGGCUGUACACAGUGGAACUUCGAUGGGCGUACCCGAUCUAGUGAGUUUAUAUCUAUGAGUCGGACUGCCUACAACACGCACGCCGACGUUCUAAGCUGGAGUGGCGUACUGCCGUCCUGCUGUAGCAAUUUCCCCGAAGAUGGCGGCGUGUAGACGUGUUCAGCUGCUCCUACUGUUGAUGUCUGUUUCGAUCUACGUAUGCCGCGUUCGCGGAGCUAAAUCGCAAGGCAAUGGCAACCUUAACGUUAAUGUUCCCUCGAACAACGGAGUUCCUCAAUUUCCAGGUGCAAUGGCACCUGCGGGAAAUCCUGUUCAGGCAGCCGGGGCCUCGCAGCCCCGUCGGGCGACCGGCUGGAAGCUGGCCGAAGAGGAGGCCUGUCGAGAGGACUUGACCCGGCUUUGCCCGAAGCACACCUGGAACAAUAACUUGGCCGUUCUGGAGUGUCUUCAGGAUAAAAAAGAGGAUUCGGAGAUCGCUUCUGACUGCAACCAUCUGCUGUGGAACUACAAGUACAACUUGACGACAGAUCCGAAGUUUGAGUCGGUGGCUGUGGAAGUGUGCAAGAGCACCAUCACCGAGAUCAAAGAAUGCGCGGAGGAGGAGCGGGGGAAGGGCUACCUGGUGUCCUGCCUGGUGGACCACCGCGGCAACAUCACCGAGUACCAGUGCCACCAGUACAUCACCAAGAUGACCACCAUCGUCUUCAGCGACUACCGGCUCAUCUGCGGCUUCAUGGACAAGUGCCGGGAAGACAUCAACGCUCUCCACUGCGGGAGCAUCAGUGCCGGGGAAAAGGACAUCCACUCUCAGGGUGAGGUCAUUUCCUGUCUGGAGAAGGGCCUGGUGAAGGAGGCCGAGGACCAGGACGGGAGGCACGUCAUCAAGGAGGACUGCAAGAAGGCCAUCAUGCGCGUGGCAGAGCUCUCCUCCGACGACUUCCACCUGGACCGCUACCUGUACUUCUCCUGCCGGGAGGACCGCGAACGCUUCUGCGAGAACACCCAAGCUGGCGAGGGCAGGGUCUACAAGUGUCUCUUCAACCACAAGUUUGAGGAAGCCAUGUCUGAGAAGUGCCGAGACGCUCUCACCACCAGGCAGAAGCUGAUCGCCCAGGACUACAAGGUCAGCUACUCCCUGGCCAAGGCCUGCAAGGUGGACCUGCGCAAGUACCGCUGCAACGCCGACACCAACCUGCCCCGCGCGCGGGAGGCCCGCCUGUCCUACCUGCUGCUGUGCCUGGAGUCCGCCGUGCACAGAGGCCGCACGGUGAGCGGGGAGUGCCAGGGCGAGAUGCUGGACUACCGGCGCAUGCUGAUGGAGGACUUCUCCCUGAGCCCCGAGAUCGUGCUGCACUGCCGGGGCGAGAUCGAGACCCACUGCUCCGGCCUGCACCGCAAGGGCCGCACCCUGCACUGCCUGAUGCGCGUGGGCCGCGGCGACAAGGGCAACGUGGAGAACCUCUGCCAGCAAGCGCUCCAGAACCUGAUCCAGGAGGCGGACCCGGGGGCGGACUACCGCAUCGACCGGGCCCUGAACGAGGCCUGCGAGUCCGUCAUCCAGACGGCCUGCAAGCACAUCCGCAACGGAGACCCCAUGAUCCUCUCCUGCCUCAUGGAGCACCUGUACACAGAGAAGAUGGUGGAGGACUGCGAGCAUCGGCUCCUGGAGCUGCAGUACUUCAUCUCUCGAGACUGGAAGCUGGACCCCAUCCUGUACAGGAAGUGCCAGGGGGACGCCUCGCGGCUGUGCCACACCCACGGCUGGAACGAGACCAGCGAGAUGAUGCCCCCCGGCGCCAUCUUCUCCUGCCUGUACCGCCACGCUUACCGCACGGAGGAGCAGGGCCGACGGCUGUCCCGGGACUGUAAAGUGGAGGUGCAGAGGAUCCUGCACCAGAGGGCGCUGGACGUGAAGCUGGACCCCGAGCUGCAGAAGCGCUGUAUGACCGACCUGGGCAAGUGGUGCAGCGAGAAGACCGAAACGGGACAGGAGCUGGAAUGUCUGCAGGACCACCUGGAAGACCUGGUCUCAGACUGUAGGGAUGUGGUGGGAAACCUGACGGAGCUGGAGUCUGAGGACAUCCAGAUUGAAGCUCUGCUAAUGAGAGCUUGUGAGCCAGUGAUCCAGUCCCACUGCCACGAGGUUGCCGAUAACCAGGUCGACACGGGCGACCUGAUGGAGUGCCUGGUGCAGAACAAGCAUCAGAAGGAGAUGAAUGACAAGUGCGUGGUUGGGGUCACCCACUUCCAGCUGAUUCAAAUGAAGGACUUCCGCUUCUCCUACAAGUUCAAGAUGGCCUGCAAGGAGGACGUGCUCAAGCUGUGCCCGAACAUCAAGAAGAAGGUGGAUGUGGUGAUCUGCCUCAGCACCACGGUGCGGAACGACACCCUGCAGGACGUGAAGGAGCAGCGCGUGUCUGUCAAGUGCCGCAAGCAGCUGCGCGUGGAGGAGCUGGAGAUGUCCGAGGACAUCCGCCUGGAGCCCGAGCUGUACGACUCGUGCAAGCAGGACAUCAGCAGACUGUGUCCCGACGUGGCUUUCGGGAACGCUCAGGUGAUCGAGUGCUUGAAGGAGAAUAAGAAGCAGCUAGCGUCGCGCUGCCACCAGAAGGUGUUCAAGCUGCAGGAGGUGGAGAUGAUGGACCCGGAGCUGGACUACCAGCUCAUGCGCGUGUGCAAGCAGAUGAUAAAGCGAUUCUGCACUGAGGCCGACGCCAAGAACAUGCUGCUGUGUCUGAAGCAGAACAAGAACAGCGAGCUGAUGGACCCCAAGUGCAAACAGAUGAUCACCAAGAGACAGAUCACCCAGAACACAGACUACAGAUUGAACCCUGUGUUGAGAAAGGCAUGCAAGGCGGACAUCCCCAAGUUCUGCCAGGGCAUCCUGAACAAGGCCACUGACGACAGCGAGCUGGAAGGCCAGGUCAUCUCCUGCCUCAAACUCAAAUACGCUGACCAGCGGCUCUCCCCGGACUGCGAGGACCAGAUCAGGGUGAUCCUGCAGGAGUCUGCCCUGGACUACAGGCUGGACCCCCAGCUGCAGGUGCACUGCACCGAGGAGAUCUCCCGGCUGUGCGCCGAAGAGGCGGCGGCCCAGGAGCAGACGGGCCAGGUGGAGGAGUGUCUCAAGGUCAACCUGCUCAAGAUCAAGCACGACACCUGCAAGAAGGAGGUGCUCAACAUGCUGAAGGAGAGUAAGGCCGAUAUUUUUGUGGACCCCGUCCUGCACACUGCCUGCGCCUUGGACAUCAAACACCACUGCGCUGCCAUCCCCCCUGGCAGGGGUCGUCAGAUGUCCUGUCUGAUGGAGGCACUUGCAGACAAGAGGGUUCGUCUGCAGCCAGAGUGUAAGAAGAGGCUGCAGGAUCGCAUCGACAUGUGGAGCUAUGCAGCCAAGGUGGCGCCAGCCGAAGGGUUCUCAGACCUGGCCAUGCAAGUGAUGUCUUCGCCCUCCAAGAACUACAUCCUGUUCAUGAUUGCGUUGGGGGUGAGCAUCCUCUUCCUGGUGGGUCUCCUCUGCGGUCGCAUCACCAAGCGUGUGACACGGGAACUCAAGGACAGGUAGAGGGUGGCGUGAGCACCAAAAAAAACCCGUCCCGCUCUGACGGCCCGACAACCCCCCUCCUCCUCCCUCCUCUUGCCCCCUAAUACCCCAGCUUGGCCCAAACACACCACACCCCAGCCUCCUCAGCUUCUCUCUUGCCCAGAUUCGGAGGGGGCAGGGGGGUGGGGGG